CCAGAAAAUCUGUCUUUGCUCUCGGGGCCACCUGGGGGGUCCUGGAACUGGGCUCGGAGAGUCGGCCAAGGGAAGUGGAGGUCUCUGCGAGGAUGAACCUGGCCGAGGUCUGCGACAACGCCAAGAAGGGCAGAGAGUACGCGCUUCUCGGGAACUAUGACUCCUCCAUGGUCUACUACCAGGGGGUCAUCCAGCAGAUCCACCGGCAUUGCCAGUCCGUCCGAGACCCCUCUGUCAAAGGCAGGUGGCAGCAGGUUCGGCAGGAGUUGUUAGAAGAAUAUGAGCAAGUCAGAAGCAUUGUCAGCACUUUAGAAAGUUUCAAAAUCGACAAGCCCCCGGAGUUCCCUGUGUCCUAUCAAGAUGAACCAUUUAGAGACCCCACAGUGUGGCCACCCCCUGUCCCUGCAGAGCACAGAGCCCCACCGCAGAUCAGGCGUCCCAACCGGGAAGUGAGACCCCUGAGGAAAGACGUGGCAGGCCUCGGAGCCCGGGGAGCCGUGGGCCGAGCUCACCCUCCGUGCAGGAGUGAGAAGCCGGCAGCGAGCAGGGACAAAGAGUGCAGGGCGCGAGGCAGAGACGACAAGGGGAGGAAAAACCUGCAGGACGGCGCGAGCGAUGGCGAAAUCCCCAAGUUUGACGUUGCCGGCUAUGACAAGGACCUGGUGGAUGCUCUCGAGAGAGACAUCGUCUCCAGGAACCCCAGCAUUCACUGGGACGACAUCGCGGACCUGGAGGAGGCCAAGAAGCUGCUGAGGGAGGCUGUGGUGCUUCCCAUGUGGAUGCCCGACUUUUUCAAAGGGAUUCGAAGGCCUUGGAAGGGUGUGCUGAUGGUCGGACCGCCAGGCACGGGUAAGACGAUGCUGGCUAAAGCGGUGGCCACCGAGUGUGGCACCACGUUCUUCAACGUCUCGUCCUCGACACUGACGUCCAAGUACAGGGGAGAGUCUGAGAAGCUGGUCCGUCUGCUGUUUGAGAUGGCGAGGUUUUAUGCCCCCACCACGAUCUUCAUUGACGAGAUAGAUUCUAUCUGCAGUCGAAGAGGCACCUCCGACGAGCACGAGGCGAGUCGCAGAGUCAAGUCUGAGCUGCUCAUCCAGAUGGAUGGGGUCGGCGGAGCUUUGGAGAACGAUGAUCCUUCCAAAAUGGUGAUGGUGUUGGCUGCCACUAACUUCCCGUGGGAUAUUGAUGAAGCGCUAAGAAGACGACUAGAAAAGCGGAUUUACAUACCUCUCCCAACAGCAGAAGGAAGAGCUGAGCUCCUGAAGAUCAAUCUUCGAGAGGUUGAGCUGGAUCCUGACAUUCAACUGGACGACAUCGCAGAGAAGAUCGAGGGCUAUUCUGGCGCCGAUAUAACGAACGUGUGCAGGGAUGCCUCGCUGAUGGCCAUGAGGCGGCGGAUCAACGGGCUGAGCCCCGAGGAGAUCCGUGCGCUGUCCAAGGAGGAGCUGCAGAUGCCAGUCACCACAGGGGACUUCGAGCUGGCCCUCAAGAAGAUCGCCAAGUCCGUCUCGGCGGCCGAUCUGGAGAAGUACGAGAAGUGGAUGGUGGAAUUCGGAUCCGCCUGAAUGUCUCGCACCUCACUCAUUUCCAUGUUUGUUCUGUUUAUAAAAUGUGAAGACGUG